GAAAAAUAAAAACCUACGUGGUGUUAAUCAAAACCACGCAGCUUCCACCCUCACAAACCCUCUUUGCAGUCGCCAAAACUUGCUGGUUAGCCGUCACCCUUGCUCCCGUCGCCGUCGCUCUUGCUGCCGUCGCCUCCGCAAGGACAAAGGUCAGCAGACAACCGGAUCGGCAUGCAACAGCUGUUCUUUUAUUUCAAUUUCUUGUUCUUUGCUUUGGAAGUGACUCCCAUGAUAGCAUCAAAACAAAGUUGAUUUUGUUGUUCCUGGAGGAACCGCUGGCGGCAGCUGAACAAGCUUCCUCUGAAGCUCGAAGGUGGAGGCAAUAGAGGGCUGCUUGGCAUAACACUCGCCAUCUAGAUUAGCUGCUGCUGUCGCCAUAUUGGUAAUUGAGCCACAGUUAAUUUUGGGGCAAUUUGGAUUUCAGUUGUAAGUUCAGGGGCAAUUUGCUACUUAAACCAAUUCAACACCAAAGUAAUUUUAUUUCUGCCUCUGGUUAAUCAUUGCCGGCUGCCGCUGGUAGAAUGGCCAAGGUAGAGUAUAAGAUUAAUGCAUUGAGCUCUCAAACUGAAGGGGAUCCAAAAUCCAGUGCGGAAAGACAAAUAAAGAAGAAAAAUAAAAAGAAAAAACAAUUGCUGGAAAGUGUGAAAGUAGAGGAUGAACAGGAAACUAAUAGGGACAUCCCUUCAGUUGAAGGGAAUUCACAAUAUGUUGAUAUGAGUGCAGAAAGCAGGAAAAAGAAAUUAAAGAAGAAGCUCUUAAAGGAAACUGCUAUAAGUAAGGAAGGUAGUAAAGAAACUGGUGUUGAGAGGGAAAAGAAAGGAUCAAAGAAAAGAAAAAAGCAAUCAUUACUGGAAACUGCUGAGAUUGAAGAUGAGGAAGAUGUUAACUGGAAGGGUUCUCCAAAGGCGAUGAAUACCACGGCUGGAAGUGGGAAAAGUGAUGAAGAGAAACAAUUGUUGAAGGAAACUGCAGUAGCUGAGGAAAAGCAAGAGGCCAGUGGAAUAAAUCUUGUAGAAGAGGAGAAUCAAACACUGACUAAUGAAAUGGUUGAUAGGCUUAAAAAGAAGAAGAAAAAACGACUGCUGAAGGAGGCAGCUCAGGCUGACAGGCGUGGAGUUUGUUACUUGAGUCGAAUUCCUCCUCACAUGGAUCACGUGAAGCUUCGCCAUAUUCUUUGCCGAUAUGGAGAAAUACAGAGGAUCUACCUUGCACCUGAAGUUAAUAAACAUCGAGUACAAUAUCGAGUACAACGAAGAAAAGCUGAUGGACUUGAAGAUCUAGGAUUCUCUGAAGGGUGGGUUGAGUUUACCAAUAAAAGCAUUGCCAAAAGAGUUGCUAACAUGUUAAAUGGUGAACAAAUGGGUGGGAGGAAGAGGUCACAAUUCUACUAUGACCUUUGGAAUAUCAAGUACUUGAGUAAAUUCAAAUGGGAUGAUCUUACAGAAGAAAUUGCUUACAAGAGUGCUAUACGAGAGCAAAAAUUAGCUCUAGAACUUUCUGCGGCAAAGAGGGAGCGUGAUUUUUAUUUGUCUAAAGUGGAAAAGUCUCGUGCUUUGAGUUCUAUAGAAGAACGAUUAAAAAAGAAGCAAAAGGUCCAACUGGAGACAGGAGGUGAAUUCUCGGUUAGCAUACCAAAGGUUAUCCGUCAAUUUGCACAGACAAAACCAAUUGCAGAUAGAGCAGAAGAAAACAGGCCUCGACUCUCUAAAGACGUCCUGGCUGGGGUAUUCGGUGGUUCUUAGUGAUAGGCUUGGUGCAUGUUCCACCUACAAGUAUUUGCUGCUUCUGUUGUCAAAUGGGUGUUCUGUACUUUUGAUGCUUUAAAUGAGCACCUUACAAUUUUGUUGCUGUCUGAACAAUGUUUAGUGACUUUUUAGAGUUCAUGGCUGCCAUUUUUGUUGAUAACCCAGAUAAUGAACCAUGUGUUCACUGUUCCCUUGUA